AUGUCUGUGCUGAAUUAUCAGAUUUAUGCUGCCAUUAGGAGAGCUGGAGAAAAUAUAAAAGACUUUGCAACUGAGAUUUAUGCUGCCAUUGGGAGAGCUGGAGAAAAUAUAAAAGACUUUGCAACUGCUUUCGGGUUGUCGACAAUGACCAGGUUUGUCUCCAAAAUAAGAACAAAGAGUCAAAGAUGUUUAAAAUUGGAGAAGAUGUGGCUCAAAGAAGUUUGCUAUGAAUCAAGCAAUAAGGAGAAACAUCAUCCCUGCAGGAUGAAGAUCAUGCUAAAGAAUUGUUGUGGAAGAAGAGGUAAAACUAUAUAA